AUGGACUACGUACCAAGUCUGAGGGUUAGCUCCAUGCCAAAUGAUCUGAUCCUGAAAGCUUCUCCCGAGGCAGAUGCCUUUCGCCGUCAGCAGGAGGGAGUCCGAUCCCACCGGCCGAAGAACCCUGCAUCCACAAUGCAGGAUGCCAGGGACCGGGUCGUUGCUGGUGGGGGGGACUGCGGUGACACCAAACUGGUUCUCAGCCGCCAUGAGAUUCAGUUUGGAAAGUACAGAGGGCAGACCUUCCACUGGCUUCUUAGCAACGAUGUGGGAUACCUCAUCGUGGUCCUGGCGUCUCAUCAUCAGGAGCGUGAGUCAGGAGACCUCGACACCGGCCCCAUCAAGCAGAACAAGGACGCUCUGUCCCGGUACGCCAGGCUGUUUCCCUGCAUGACGUCUGCUGUCCAGCAGAGGAGGGUGUCUGACAGCCCCUCCUCUGAGGGAGCGCUGGACAGCAGCCGGGUGGGAUUUGGGGAGCAUGCUGGACUCUCAUACCGGGAGUUCUACGAGUCUGCAAAUCCUGUAGUGCAGAGCUACAGGAUGUGGCUCAAGAGAGCCCGCUUGCAGUCCACAGGUUCACGCAUGGACCACCUGAAGAGGUACGUGAUGGGGAGGGACCAGAAGGAGAAAGCAGCCUCCUCACCGUCUGCUCCACCAACCUCCUCCUCCCCCAGGGCAUGCUCUUCCUCGGGGCCGUCCAUUUCUUCAGCUCCUGGUGAACCACUGGUCCCUGCUCCAGCAUCUGGCCCUCUCCCAGCUGAUGUUCCUCUCCCAGAGAGCUGGAGGAGCACGCUGCCCAGGGUGCAGCAUGGGUGGGUGAGCCGGGCUCUGUUCACCAGGGACCAGAGUGGGAAGCCCACCCUAAACACAGAACUGCAGUCCUGGAACUAUCCUCCUGGACCCGACCGACUGUACUACCAGCCACCGGCCUCCUUCGAUGCCUUCUUCCAGCGGCCGUUCUUCCUCUGGGUGCCCCAAAGGAUGUGGCACUGCACCAUCAGCUGCCCUGUCUGUGCCCAUAGAAUGACUGGAUGUGGCCUGUACAAGACCGUUCGCAAGGUCUUGUACAGCGACGGAUGGUAUUUUAUGGGCACGGAGUACCUCGAGUGUCGCCACUGUGGGAAGAAGUUGGCAUCGUGGUCGAGGAGCAUUCUGUCCCAGCUGGAUGAGGAGUACAGGAGGAUGUUCCCAGCAGUGCUCACCUACAGGCUGUCGUGUGAUAAGAGGGUCCUGGUGCAGAUGAGGGGACGGUCGCUCGGCAGCAAUGCCGACCGUCUGCGCUCCUGCCUGGUGGAGCAGCACACGGCGGCCUGGAUGAACAGUUGCAUCCGCUUCAUGUCAACUUACAAGAAGUCCAUGAUGCCGGGUGUGACUCUUCCUCCUCCUCCAGACCUGCCAGAGAUGGACCUGGUCCCCACCAGGCAGUGGAUCCUCUCCGCCUUCGCCACCGACAGCUUCACCCGUCUGGAGGAGAUGAGAGCCAACGUGACCUCUGUCUUUGGCUCCGUCCUAAAAAUGGACUCCACCAAGAAGAUCACCAGGAAGCUGUCCGGUCACGCUGCGGGGACGAUCCAGUGGGUGACCAACGUGGGGAACGAGCACGGACAGGUGCUCAUGUCGGUCCUCACUGCAGCCGAGGGCUACGGCCUGCAGCAGAUGACCUCCGGGCUGGUCAGACGGUACCAGCAGGCUAAGGAGGAGCCACCUCUGGUCCUCUACGUGGACAGGGACUGCUGCUCAAUCACUGGGGGUUCAGCAGCUACCGCUCUGUUCCCAGAGUGGACCCAGCUAGUGGUCAGGCUGGACAUAGGGCAUUUUAUGAGGAGAUUGGCAGCGAUGGUCACCACCGAAAGCCACCCCCUCUAUGCCCACUUUAUGCAACGCCUCUCCGACUCCAUCUUCACCUGGGACCAGGAGGACAUCGCCCUGCUGAAGAGAGCCAAGGAGGCAGAGGGGCCCGGGGCUUGGAGCAGGGUCUCCCCCGAGGAGAUGGCUCGGCACUGUCGCCGCCACACGCGUGGGGCACAGGAGACCGGGCGUCUCAUUGAGGAGACCCUGGACCACUUCCAGUCGGCCAGAGACAGCAUGGCUAUCCUGCUGCAGGACCAGGAGAGGGUGGAGGGCAUCUGGAGCACCCAGCGCCGCCACCUCCAGUGCAUCCAGGAUCCACCGGGGCUGCAGCUGUACACCAGGACGGGCCAGCUGACCAGGGGAGGGGUCACCCUGCCGGUGUACCGUUGUUCCCAUGGCUCCACCUCCUUGGAGUCAUUCCAUCUCCACCUUAACAGGUUCAUCCCUGGUAAGUGUCUGAAGCCUGAACACACAAGUUAA